AUGUUUCCCGACAUAGAUAAUAUUGUUCAUGUAUAUGCUCCUCAAGGCAAUGAACUCCAAACUCAUCUUGCUCUUAUAGAACAGUAUAAUAAUCGUGUACAAAACUCAACAUGCUGGUAUGAAGAAUUAUAUAGUGGAGCUGACUUUAUAGACAAAAUGUUAGAGGAAAGAAAAGGAAAUCUGGUGGUAUUGGCAGGAAAUAACAGACAAAAAAUUGAUUACAUUAGCAAAUCAAUUGAUGCUGGUCUAAAUGUACUAGCUGAUAAACCUAUGAUUAUUAAUCGUAAUGGUUUUCGGAAACUAAAACAAGCUUUUGUUAUGGCCGAAAAGAACGACGUACUCUUGUAUGAUAUCAUGACAGAACGUUAUGAAAUCACGAAUAUUUUGCAAAAAGAGUUCGCACAACUAGAUGCUUUGUUUGGUGAGUUGGUAGAAGGCAGCAUUGAAGAACCAUCGAUAACGAAAGAAAGUGUUCAUCAUUUUUACAAACAUGUCUCUGGAAAACCAUUAGUAAGGCCCUACUGGUUUUUUGAUGUUGAACAGCAGGGAGAAGGAAUUGUUGAUGUGACUACACAUUUGGUUGAUUUAGUACAAUGGACAAGUUUUCCAGAUCAAAUUAUUGAUUAUCUUAAAGAUAUCAAGUUACUUUCUGCUAAUCGGUGGCCAACUGUAAUUAAUUGCGUACAAUUUGAACAAAUAACCGGACUUGCGACAAUUCCUGAACAACUUAACAAAUAUUUAAAUAGCAAUGAUGAACUUGUUGUUUUUGCUAAUGGUGAAAUUAAUUAUAUUUUGAAUGGUGUGCAUGUGAAAGUUUUGGUAGAGUGGAAUUUUCGAGCACUUGAUGGUGCGGGUGAUACACAUUAUUCGGUUAUGCGUGGUAGUAGAGCGAAUUUGAUUAUAAAACAAGGUAAGGAACAAAAUUAUAAACCAGUACUAUAUGUGGAAGCUUGUAUAUACAAACGCAUAGCAAAUUUUGAGCAAACGCUGAACGACGCAGCACGACAAAUAGCAAAACAAUAUCAAGGCAUUUCUGUCACAAAAGAAAGUGAUGGUUUGUAUAAAAUAAAUAUACCUGAUAAUUUGGUUACAAGUCAUGAAGAACAUUUCGCACAAGUUGUAAACAAAUAUUUAUCAUUUAUUAAAGCAAAGAAAAUGCCAGGUUGGGAGAUUCCUAAUAUACUUGCUAAAUAUUAUGUUACAACUCGAGCCCUUGAAAUGGCCACGACAACAAAUUCAUACUAA